AUGACCAGCCAAAGGUUUCUAGCUGUUUUAGUGGUGCUGUCUAUAGCGGCACUGGUUCUGUCGCUAGAAGAUGAGGGAGCUGGUCAUGGGAAGCGAGGGUGUAUAGGCUGGACACGCCAUAAGAACAAAUGCAACAGGGGACGAAAGAGAAGCCAGUUACACCAAGCAUCCGAGGAUGAAAAGGAACGUUUCCUCGAGGCGCUCAAAAGGGAUACUGAGUACCAAAGACGUGUACGCAUGCUGAAAGAGAUGUCCGCUGAGGAAAGGAGACUAGAAGAGAUGAUCGCUGGCGACAAAAUAUAAUUUAAGAAAUAAACAAACUAAUAUCGCAAUAAUUAUUUUUAACAUUUAAUUGAUUACUAACAACAAAUAUAUAACACUAACCACAAAUUAAACCUUUGAGUAAAGGUAGUUGUCACAUAUUUGAAAAUUCAAAGAGCCAGACGUGAAAUAUACUCUGAAAUGGAUUCAGUCUGAUACAUUUCAGCCAUGUUUCUUCAAAUGA